CCCACGCUGAAGGUCUGGGGGUCCUGCUUGCUCCCGGGAUCGACCCCAGCCCGCCACGAGUCUCUGAACCCCAGGACGUUCUUUCCCAGCUCUUUCCCCCCCCUUUUUUUUUUCCCCGAGGGUCUCCUGGCAAGGGAUGUCCCCUUUCCCUGGAAAUCGCAAGCUUGCUCCAGACUCCUCCCCCUCUUGAUAUCCAAGCCCCUAAGGUCCCCUAGCCCCCCUCCCUGGGUGACCCGGGCACCUGGUGGCUCUUGGCCUCUUAAUUCCAGUCACCUAUCAAGACAGGUGCAGGCGAGAGUAACCUUGACUAGGGCUGGUGUGUGACUAGAGAGAGGGAACAGACAUCACGCUGGACUCGGGGGGUGACUCCUCCAAGGCCAAACUCCAACAAGGAAGGUGUCUCAAAGGGGUGCCUCCCCUUCUCUGUUCCCAAAUAGGCUCUCUCCCGGGGGGGUCAGUUGCCAGGGUGCUUUGACCCUGUGAAGGGCAGAGGUUGUAGACAGGUGAGAAAAUGAACCCUGCUCUUCCGGGUCCUCUUCAGCGGCGUGGAGUGGGCAGUGCAUUCCUUGACUGAAGCAGCUCGUGGAGUGAUGCCCGGGGCUAAGGCUGGGCACUGUCCCUUUGGGAAGGAGAGAAGGGGCCUGAGCUUGACAGGUCUUAUGUAACAGGCACCAGCUCCCGUGUUGGCAGUACGUGCCCUGCCCCGUGCCAGGGCUACCCCGGGCUCCUUGGCUGCAGCCAGGACACAUGGCUGACCCUCACCAUGCAGAUAAAGCAAGGCUGCCCCUCAGCUGGGGCAUCUAGUGUGAAGUCACAAUCUCAGUCCACCUUUCUUACAGGCCGGUCCCCAGAUGCCAACCCGCAUUGCCCAGUGACAGGCUGUUUGAGCCCCUGCCCCUGGCCUGGCCGAGGAGUGCUGUUUACUAUGGAAGCGGCAUCUGCUCUCUAGAACAGGGCUCGCUACUGAGUCAAGGCGAGGUUUGCCGAUGACUGAGUGUCAGGAAGCGCCGGGGCCAAACUUUCUCAACUCUGCACCUGAGUGCCAGCUGGAACCACUUCCUUGUGCGGCCGCCGCCGCCGUGAGAGGCUGGCUGUGCAGGGUGUCUGUCCCCCUUUUCAGUCGUAGCCUCUUCCCCUGCCAGCCCUGAGGUAGGAUUGUUUGCCCUGUGAGAAAGGUCACUCCUGGGACAUUUUGUUCCUCUCUGGAAUGGGAAGUGCUGACUUUCCCUGGAGCUCCUGAUUUCCUAUUCAUGGUAGAAGAAUAUCGGGGCCUGGCUUAGAGCAGCCCUGCUCCCCCAUCCACUCCCACCCCCAAGCCCUGGAAGCCCCCCACCUUCUACCCAGAGCACUCAGAAGCUGGCCAGGGGAGUCAGGCAUGGUGGUGAAGGCCUGUAACCUCAUCACUUGGGAGGCGGAGGCCGGAGGAUAGCUUUGAAUUUAAGACCCAUCUGGUCUACGUAGUGAAUUUCAGACCUGCCAGCACUCUAUAGUGAGACCCUGUGUCUAAGAAAGGAAAAAAGAACUUGCCAAGUGUUUGGGAGGGUUCAGGAAAUUUUAGAUAAAAACAUGAGUUCCCGCACUAAAAAAAAAAAAGAAAAUCGGAGGGUCCUAAUGGUGAUUUGGGGGAGUCUCUCUCCUCUUCCCACCCCCAAGCCAGUAGAAGCAUUGGGGCCCCGAACACUAACUAUGGGGGAUGAAAUGCGCUUCCCACCUUCCAGCUGCCCAGUGAGCCUGACAGCGGGAGGGGCCGGGGGCUGGGGACCCCAGUCUCCCUUUCCCUACCCUCCCUAGUGCAGGGAUAAGUGCCUCAGCUGAGAGCCCGCCUUGGUGGAUGUGGACAUGGUCACCAGCGGUAGGAUGCUUUGCGUCUCUACAGCCUGUUUAGACCGAUGUCGUCUCAGGCACCGGGGAAUUCAAAGAGUGCCCAGGGUCUGGCCGGUCUUCGAAACCUUGGGAACACGUGCUUCAUGAACUCAAUUCUUCAGUGCCUGAGCAACACCCGCGAGCUGAGAGAUUACUGCCUUCAACGGCUGUACAUGCGGGACCUCGGUCACACCAGCAGCUCGCACACAGCCCUCAUGGAAGAGUUUGCAAAACUAAUCCAGACCAUAUGGACGUCAUCCCCCAAUGAUGUGGUGAGCCCAUCUGAGUUCAAGACCCAGAUUCAGAGAUACGCACCACGCUUCGUUGGCUAUAAUCAGCAGGAUGCUCAGGAGUUCCUUCGCUUCCUCCUGGAUGGGCUCCACAAUGAGGUGAACCGGGUGACAGUGAGACCCAAGCCCAGCCCUGAGAACCUGGAUCACCUCCCUGAUGAUGAGAAGGGGCGACAGAUGUGGAGGAAGUAUCUAGAGAGGGAAGACAGUCGGAUUGGGGAUCUCUUCGUUGGGCAGCUAAAGAGUUCCCUGACAUGCACCGACUGUGGCUAUUGCUCUACGGUCUUCGAUCCCUUCUGGGACCUCUCGUUGCCCAUUGCAAAGAGAGGUUAUCCUGAGGUGACAUUAAUGGAUUGCAUGAGGCUCUUCACCAAAGAGGAUGUGCUGGAUGGGGAUGAAAAGCCAACAUGCUGCCGCUGCCGAGCCAGAAAACGAUGUAUAAAGAAGUUCUCUGUGCAGAGAUUCCCAAAGAUCUUGGUGCUCCACCUGAAGCGGUUCUCAGAAUCCAGGAUACGAACCAGCAAGCUCACAACAUUUGUGAAUUUUCCACUAAGAGACCUGGACUUGAGAGAAUUUGCUUCAGAAAACACCAACCAUGCUGUUUACAACCUUUAUGCUGUGUCCAAUCACUCCGGAACCACCAUGGGAGGCCAUUAUACAGCCUACUGCCGAAGUCCAGUGACAGGCGAAUGGCACACUUUCAAUGACUCCAGUGUCACACCUAUGUCCUCCAGCCAAGUGCGCACCAGCGACGCCUACUUGCUCUUCUAUGAACUGGCCAGUCCACCCUCCCGUAUGUAGCAUUGAGGAGCUACAGCCCUUUCCUCUUCCCUGUGGCGGCCCCACGUCCUAAGUUUUUUAAAAAUUCAGAAAAAAAAAAAAAAAACACCACAAAAAAAACAACAACAAAAUCCUGACAAGUAAGAGAAAAAUAAAGUGAAAUAAAGCUGUCGAGCGGAAGUUGAUACGGCCUGGUCGGGGUCUGGAGCAAGGAGCCAGGUGCCGAGCCACGGCCAGUCAGGGAAGACCACUGACGGAUGCAGAGACGGAGUCAGCCCUGUUCCUCAGCUCCUCGGCUUCUCUUGUUUGCAUUUUUAAGCUUGUGGUUUUUUUCCUGUGUGUAAUAAAAAACAGCGGUCUGUGGGGAGAAGAUCCUCAGUCCACCUGCUGCCCUCUCCUGCCCCACACCUUCUGGGAGGACAGCACCCUCUGGAGCCUGCUGGGAGCAUCACAGCUGGAUGGAGCGAGGGAGGACCGUGCAGGAGUCCCCCCCUGGACGGAGUCCCCCCCUGGACCUGCUCACCAGCCCAGACAGGAAACACCCAUGAGCCAAGAGCCCUCUUAACGCUGCUAAGUCCAGGGGUACGGAUGAGGGGACAUCUUUGAAAAGAGCUGGUUUGGGUUUUCAAAAGCCCAACUUUUUUUAAAAAAAAAAAAUUAACUGUGACAAACAUGUUCCGACUGGAGAUGCCGUCCAUCCGUCCUUCACAUCUCUUCCACAGCUGGGACAUUGGGCUAGCCCUCGUUUUUGUUGGGGUUUGUUUAUUUUUUUUCUUUUUCUUUUCUUUUCUUUUUUUUUUUUUUAACUUCUCCAAAUAUAACUUCCCUAACCCUAGCCCCCUGUGGUGGUAGGUGAGUGUCGGCCAGGCCCAAGCGUAGUCACAGUAGACCUGGGAUCUAAAUAAGUUUUCUGUUUCGAAGUUGUUUUUCUUUUCUUUCUUUCUUUCUUCCUUUCUUUCUUUCUUUCUUUCUUUCUUUUCUUUUCUUUUCUUUUUUUUUUUUUAUGUUUUGGAUGGAAUCUAGUUGCCUCCAAGAAUUGUGCCUUAUAGCAUUUGGGGACCAGGGGGUGACUUCCCCUUCCUGAGAUAUCCCUCCGCCGGUUCUCUUUAUCCCAGGGCCAUGUUCAAAGCCUCUUGGGGAAAUGGGGUGCUGCCCUUAGCCCCUGGUUUAUUGCACGUGGCCGUGAGGUGAAGAGGGAGUGGGUAAAGGGUCUCUUCAGCUAGUGUAUCAAGUUCUUCCUGCGGUCCUCUCACCCACCCCCCAGUCCCCAGCUGUCUGAAGGACAGCACCGGCCCCUCGUCCCCAGAGCUUCACCUUUAAUUUAUUCUCUUCUUAAUGCCCCAUCCCCCAAGCUUCCCACCAUCUGUCCCUUUCUCAGAGUCUCCUGGACAAAGGCCCUCUGGACUGAGCUUCUCAGGGACACCCAUGCCACCUCUACCUACCCCACCUGGCAGUCGCCUUUGGUCCCACCCUGGGAGCUUGAGCCUGGAUGUCUGGUGAUGUCUUGUAUGGUUCUUUCCCAUGGAUUUGAUUUGGCCCUCAUUAGGCAAAAACUCCAUGCUGUCCCACGAGCCAAGCUGUUCAGCACUAAGGCAUUUUGCACACCCCCACAGGUGGGCCUGGCUUACGCCCUCAUAACCUGGAGUGCUUGAGUGUUCCCAGGAUGAGGCAUCCUAGAGAGACACCCUGAGUUUACCUGGCCUGAUACCCUUCUCUAGGGAAGACCUGUGAAGCUGAGCCCCAGGGCGGGUGUACACUUGCUUACCAUGUAAGCAAGAGGAGGAUGUCUAAUGUACAGUGGAGCCUUGUACAGAAUAAAUAGUAGCUUUGAGAAAGAC